ACUAAAUGGUGCGUCUGUGAUGAAGCACGUUCGUUCAACCAACGUUUAUUUUCUCGCAUCGUCGUUAACGACGGCAGCAUCAUCAUAUAGCCUACAUACAUGAAACAAACGUUGCGCAUGACGCUGUGAAAGUGAAGCCUGCUCUUUAGUUCGGCAGAUAUCUGGCACGCGGGCCGCAAUUGUUACAGUGGGCGGGCCGUCAUCACAAUGAGUUAUCAAAAUCUGUGAAGAGAUUGAGAGAGUAAACAGUUUGGGGGCCUGAAGUGGAAGCACGCGCGUGAGGAAGUUGUUUUUGUCCGCUGGAGGUAUUGUGGAUAGCAUCAAAGAUAAACGAAUGCGCAUUUUAAUAUCCAAUGACGGAUAUUACUCCGGAUUUUAUCGUAUGCGUUUGGGGAUUAUGCAGAGAUUUUGAGCUUGCCUGAACGAGCAAACACAGUAAGUGAGCUGGGCCGGACAGACGCAAGGGCGAGGGCACAUACACCAGCGAACCGAAUGCGCAAUUGUCAAGACCGUUAGACAAUUCCUGGAAAAAACAGCGGAGGGAGAGAAGGAAGGUUCCCCUCUGUUGUCGUCUCCUACUGCAGGCAUCCCGUUUAUGUCAUAGCAAACAUUUCAGGAUGCCUUUGAUAAGCCUGGACGACGACGACCAGAGAUGGGUUCCCACGCAUGUAAAUGUGACUGUCCUUCGGGCAAGGGGACUAAGAACGAAGGGCAAGCACGGCAGCCGCUAUGUGUACACCAUCAUUCAGCUGGGAAAAGAGAAAUACACCACCGGUUUGGUGGAGAAGGCAGCGGAACCGGAGUGGAAUGAAGAAUGUACUUUCGAACUUCUGCCCGGGUUAUUGGAGUUGGCUGGAACGAGCGCCUAUCCCCCGGGGAGCAGCAACUUGGUCCUCACAGUGAUGCAUCGAGUGCUAAUCGGACUUGACGUGUUCCUUGGUCAAACUAUUGUCCCUCUGGACAAGGUCUUUCAAGAUGGAAUGUGUCCGAGAAAUGAAUGGUUUAAGCUCCACUCGAAGGUCGGCAGGCCAGAGAAAGAGCGCGGGGACUUACAGGUGACAGUCCAGUUCACCCGUAACAACCUGACAGCCAGCAUGUACGACCUGUCCGUCAAGGACAAGCGCCGCUCAGCUUUCGGCAAGCUCAAGGACCGGGUCACGGGCAAGAAGCGUGACGUGGAGUCCUCCUCGGCCAUCGUGCCCGGCCGCUACGCCGCCCUCUCGGGGUCCGCUGGCCAGCCAUUCGGCGAGGGGCAGCAGGCGGAGGACGAGCAACCGGAGGAGCCCCCAGUGGAGGAGAGGGAGCGCAGGGGCAGCAAGGUCAAGGACUUCUUCGGGAAGCUGCGCAAGUCCUCGGACACGAGGUCCUGCUCGUCCUUGGCCUCGGACAGCAGCCUGGCGUCAUCGGUAGGAGAGCCGUUCUGCCCUCCAGUGGAGCUCUCCAGCACCCCCAUCUACAGCAGCAGAGUGGUGACCGACACCUUCCGCGGAGACACAGAGGCAGGAGGAAAAGCGUUCACGCCUCAUGACCCUAAGGUGAUGACCCACAAGCGUGCGUACAGCGACGAGGCCAGCAAAAUCACCACCACCCCUUCCACCUCCGCUGUCCCACGGCCCUGCCCCGCCGUGGAGACCCUCAAGGGCCAGAGCAUGGCGCUGUCCAAGUCCUCGCUGUGCAUCAACGGCAGCCACGUGUACGGCUCGGAGCCGGCCAGCCCCAAGGUCGCUCCGAACCCGGGCGGAGCGCUGCCGGCCAAACGGGCGCUGCUGGAGAAGUGCUCGCCGCUGUCGCGCUCGCUACAGAACCUCACGCGCCGCACCGACGACCCCCAAAGGGCUGCCCUGGCCGCAAGCGACGGCCGGCGCUGGUCCUUCGACAAAACCAAGAAGGAGGACGUGGAGCAGGCCACCGGCCAGGGCGCGACGCCUGCGGACGAGUGCUCUUCUCAGGCUGCCGCAGCGGCAGCAACAGGAGUCAGUGCGGCGGGGGCUUCGGCUGAAACGUCAGACAAAGGGAAGAAGCUGAGGAGGACUCUGUUCUCAAGUGGGAGGAGUGACUCGCUGCCGGCCAAGGCGGACCACGGCCUGGCCAGCGCGGCUCACGAAGGUCGACUCAGGGGCUGGUUUGGCUCCGGUGAGUCCCAAAACAAGCCAAGCCUGGAAGUCUUUCCUAAGGUAGAGAACAGCCCAGAUACCCCCUCACCCCUCCACCCACCUCUCCAUGAUCAGCCCCAGCCCCAGCACUCCCCUCCCACCCAUCCCACCCCCGUUCCCCCGUCCCCCGCCAAUGGCUGUCACGCUAACCCCUUCACCCCAUCGCCCCCCACCUCCAUCCCAAUCUCCCCGUCCAACCCCUUCCUCUCGCGCCUGCAGACCAACCCCUUUUUCGAGGAGCUCUUAGCCGAGGAGGCUCUGAAGUCUCCGCCGGUUGCCGGUGGCGGCUACACCGGCUCGCCUGCCUCCCAGUACGCGACCCACUUCCCUAGCCCUGCCCAUCGCAGUGGCACUCUGCGGGAGAGGACCAGCAUUAAGAGGGAGAGGCCCAGGAGCAUGGCCAGGCAGAGGUCUCUCCCGGUGCUGCUGCCCGGAAGCGCGGGGCCGCCGCCAACGGCGAGUAGCCUGCCCAACUCGGCCACCAACCGCUCGCUUUCGGAGAACAUCAGCACCGAAUGGGAUGAGUCGUUUGAUGCCUUUGCCGCGAGCCGGCUGAAGUCACCAAAUGGCACAACACCCUCUGCACGGAAUUCAACAACAAGAAGGCAGACCUCAAAUGCGUCGAUGUUGGGUGACCACGUCACUCACCCUCUCCUUGACAUCAGAGGCAGUGGUGGUCAAGAAGGACUCUCGCAGGCGACAGAUGUCCCCCCUCUGCCCCCUGGUCGACCCCUCGGAGUGCCGUCCAGAGAGAGAGGCUCAGAGAGUUGGCUGGAAAGGGCCGAAGAGCUGGCCUUGGAGAGGGAGGCCAGUUUCAUGCUUCAAACAGAACUGGCCUCUCGUCAACACGCACGACAACGAAGACACAAGAGAAAGACCAAAAGUUGGGCUCUUGGCGACGCACUCCCUGCAGAAAGUUCACUCUUGGAUUUGUAUGCCGAUCCAGCACACCACCAUUUGAAUAUGUGUCUCACGUCAGCAAUAACAGAGGUCGCGGAGUCCAGUGACAUGAACAACAGAAUACUAACAAGCGACGAGCAUGGCUGGAAGGUGGACUUAUCGGAGAGGGUCAGCCCAGAUGCGCAAGAAAGACGCAAUAUGGAGAGAAAGAACAACGCGCUUAAUUCUUCUCAUUUUGACAUUAGCAAAGACGUCCUGAACAUGGCCCUGGGCUUUGCAACAGAAAAUAUUUUAGACAAGAACCCUCUUUAUGAUGAUGAUAACCCUCUAACAUCUCCAGCCUUCAUCAACAGUGACAACAAUGAUAGUGAAAAAUCACAAGAGAAAUUUACCCAUACAGACAUGGAGCCUUUAGGUAAGAGUCUUUGUGAACUUAGCCUGAGGCCUGACUGCACAGCCGACCACUCAGACAAGCCCAAGGUGACCAAUGGUGUAAGCUCUUUUGUGGGUUCACCCCCAGAUCCAAACAAAAACAUAGACAGUUCCGACUUUGCAUUUGUGGACUCGGACAGUUCUCCAUCUGAGAUGACUAUUAACACUUUCGAGAUUUACGAUCAGAACGCCAACAAGAUGUUGACCACUUAUCAGAUGUUCUCUGCUGUCCAUUCAUCAGGGAACCCCGCGUCUGCCCAAGAGUCUACAGCAAUGAACUCUGACUUCAAACAAUCUGAAUUGGAGAUGCUUUCCAGUACAAUGGCGUCUUUUUCAGUGUGUGAAACAAAGCAAGAGUCUGAACACUUUGUCCUCAAAGCUGACUCAUUGGGUAAUGAGCAGAGGGAUCGUUCACCUCAUUAUCAAUCCUCCUGUGAGGAGAAAGGAGGUUGCGAGACCCACGGGAAUGCUUCAUUUAAAGAGGAAAUUAGACUCGACUUUGGAGACGAGAGACACACAUCCUUUAACUGUGAACAGCCACAGUACCCUUUGAAUCCCAAAAAACAGGCAGUUGGAAAUGCCAUUGGUGCAGAGAUGAGAGGGGAAGAGUUGACGUCCACCCCAACAAACUGUAUCAAGGACUUAUCCCUGCUGGGUUUUCCAACCAGGGACAAUGAUUCAUUCACAGAUUUUCUAUGCAACAAAGGUGGCUGUGUUGCUGGUGAGCUCUCUCCUCGAGAACUGCAACAGGAAAGUAACAAUCAAAGACCAACUCAACACUCGGACCAACAAAGCGCACUGUUUGACUGGUCAGUCACAUAUAACACUAGGUCAGAGGUAGACCCCACAGGUGUGGUGGCUGACGCCCUCGAUGGAGGUAGCCAUACUGAUGGAGAACCCCAACCUGGAGAUUUGGAGAAUAGUGAGGGCAUCCACCACACUCAUGAAUCAGAGUUGUCCGACUUGGAGAACUCCCAGGAGAUGAGUUUUGCGGACUUGCACGCCAGGGUGGCCCCGAGCCCCUCACGCUCCCUCCGGCCCACAGGGUCCCCUCCGCAUGACGCCGCUUCCCCCUCCUCCCAUCCCACUCCAGUCUCUAACGCCACUAACGCCAAACCCAACCCUGACUCCCACCCUGACCCCAACGCACCUCCCCAAAAUGGCCAACCCAAAACCGGAGGCGCCCACAAUCUGGCCCCCCUCACCUCCUGCUCCUUCUGCUCCUCCUCCUACUCCUCCUCCACCUCCACAACCGCUACCGUUUCCUCCUGUUCCUCCUGCACUGUCCAGCCCAUGGUUGACGCACGGCACAAUGUUACACCAGGGGAGACACAGCCAGCUAGCGGCCUCCUGCCCCAUCCGGAGAGCAGUCCCCACCCGGUGAAGCCCCUGACCACAUCGGCGGCGGCGGCCGGAGACAGGAAGUCGGAGGGACGCUCGGUGCUGGAGAAGCUCAAGUCCACCAUCCACCCGGGCCGCGCUGCCCAACCCACUGCAGCAGAGGUGGCGGAGAGAGAGGCCCGGCUGUCGGAGGCGCGGGCCCAGUACCAGAACCUGACCAACAUGGAGCUGAUCUCGCUGCUGCUGCAGCAGGAGGUGGAGGUGGAGCGGCAGCGGGAGGAGGCAGAGCUGCAGGGGGCGCUGUUGGAGAAGCGUGACGCCGAGCUGAAGAAGAUGAAGGUGCAGGUGCGCGACCUGGAGGACUACAUCGACAAGCUCCUUGUGCGCAUCAUGGAGCAGACCCCCACACUGCUGCAGAAAACACCAGUAAAGCCAAAUUCUUAGAAAACGUCAAUGGCACCAGAAUAACCCCCAGUGUAAACACUAAUCUGAUGUACUAGCCCUCUCCAUAUCAAAUUAGGGGUAACAGACAAGCACUGUUGUCGGGCCUGACAACAUAAACAGCUUUUGAAUAAAAACAGGUGUUCCUUUGUUGUAAUAUUAUGUUGGAAUAGCUUUAAAAAUGAAAGUUCCUGUUGUAUUUCUGUGUUAAAAGACUCAGGUUGGAUAUUAUGGUGUUCUCUUGGCACUAAGAAGGAGAGACUUUGCCAGUAGGUUUCAUAACUGGUUUGUAUUAUAGUUAGUCUUCAGCUUUGAAUUCAUGGAAUAUAAGCUUUUAAAUGUUACCAAACUGCCAAUAGUUUGUGCAGCUAGGAGCAUUCUUUAAUCAGAAAAAAAUGAAAAACAUUUAAUGAAUAUCACGAGUAGCUACUGCUUUGGCAAUCAAUUGUCUUCCCAUGACAACCCAGUAAUAUCCAAUGCACGCUCAUUGCUUUGAAACGUAUGCAAAAAAAAAAUAAUAGGGAAUGUCUUGAAAAUCAUAUAUGCAAUAUUGCAACAUACUUGGCUGUACUUGUUGUCCUCACAGCUUUUGGUGUUGCAUCAGAACCUACACUUUCUAUGCAUUCCCUAGAAUAAAGCUAGGAAAUGCAUUGGAUUCUGUAGUAUAAAAAAAAACAAAGAUAAAUGCACAUACACAUGUCCUCCAUGAACUUCACAUGCAAUAAGAGUAAAAGCUGCUAACUGUAAUGUAUGUCACCUUAAUGUACAGCAUCUGUAUCCUUAAGUAUAUGCUUCAAUGUAAUGCAGAUACAUGCGUCAUAGUGUUACAAAUAAUUCUCAUGCCUUUAUAAUGGCUUCAGUUAUGUUGUUUUUAGGUUGGAUAAAAGUCUGGAUAUUUUACAUUUUAAAGUUUAAGGGUGGUUUCUCAGAGACUAAUUUCUCAGAUGGUGUUGGAUGACAAUGACUCACAACCACUACUUUCUAGCUAUACAUUUCAGGUAGAGGAAUGUAAUACAAACACAAAUACUGGGGAAUCUUAUUUUCCCAGUGUAAAUGUCCAACAAUGUUUGAACAAGGACGAAUGUUUGUGCUGUUGAAGAAAGCUUUACUAAUAUUAUGUUUUCACAGUACUUAGUCUGUCUGUCAUCCACAAUGUGAUGGCAACUUCAAUGCCAUCAGUAGCCUGUUUGUCUAAUUCAAACAAAAAGCAAACUUUACACUGCACUGUGAUCUCCCUGUCAACUUGCUACUUGAGCAGAUAACCCAUUUUGUUACAUGGCUUUGUAGAUUAAGGAAGUCAUUAAUUUGUGUAUUUUUAUUGUUACUUUAUUUAUUUGUUGAUGCUGUGUUACAAAUGAAAUUUAAAAAUAAAGGCAUAUGUUUGAGUUUUGAGGA